UGCUGCGUUCCGCGGCGCCGCUGCGGGGCCCUCGGGGCUGCGCUCGCGGGUCUGGGACUCGGAGCGGUGCCUUUUCCCGCUGCUCCUGCGGGGCCGUGACGUUGAGGUUUCUGCCCUGUAUACGCUGCCCUGAUUUUUUUUGACUCUUGGCCCUGGAGUUAAUCCCCACUGAAUGUCUCAUGAGGGCAACUGUAAACCUGGAAAUGCCCACCUAGAAGAGUGACAACUGCUGGACCAAAUGCUUCACUGCUGAACUGGUUCCUCAGGUGCCUGGCUCUGGCGAUUGCUAUGGGAGAUUGCAUGACUCUUACAGAUCCAGGUCUGAUAUCAGAAAGUAUUUACUUCCCUCAAAAUACCUCAGAAACAAAGAUGUCUCCAUCAAGUUUAUACUCACAGCAAGUGCUAUGUUCUUCAAUACCUUUAUCAAAAAAUGUGCACAGUUUUUUUAGUGCCUUCUGCACAGAAGAGAAUAUUGAACAGAGUAUUUCCUAUCUUGAUCAGGAAUUGACUACUUUUGGGUUUCCUUCAUUAUAUGAAGACUCCAAAAACAAAGAGUCUAAGAGAGAAUUAAAUAUAGUUGCUGUUUUAAAUUGUAUGAAUGAGCUACUUGUACUUCAGCGCAAGAACCUUCUAGCUCAGGAAAACGUGGAAACACAAAAUCUGAAACUGGGAAGUGACAUGGACCAUCUACAGAACUGCUAUGCAAAACUUAAGGAACAAUUGGAAACCUCCAGGAGAGAAGUGAAUGGCCUUCAGGAAAGAGACAGACAGUUACAAUGCAAGAACAGAAAUUUGCACCAGCUAUUAAAAAAUGAGAAAGAUGAGGUUCAAAAAUUACAAAAUAUCAUUGCAAGUCGAGCUACUCAGUAUAAUCAUGAUAUGAAAAGAAAAGAGCGUGAAUACAAUAAACUAAAGGAACGACUACAUCAACUUGUUAUGAACAAGAAGGAUAAAAAAAUAGCCAUGGAAGUUCUCAAUUAUGUGGGGAGACCUGAUGGAAAGAGGGGCUCCUGGAGGACAGAUAAAACGGAAGCCAGGAAUGAAGAUGAAAUGUAUAAAAUUCUCUUGAAUGAUUAUGAAUAUCGUCAGAAACAAAUCAUAAUGGAAAAUGCUGAACUUAAGAAGGUUCUUCAACAAAUGAAAAAGGAAAUGAUUUCUCUUCUUUCUCCCCAAAAGCAGAAACCCAGAGAAAGAGCCGAUGAUAGUACAGGAACCGUUCUCUCUGAUGUUGAAGAAGAAUCCGGAGAACAGAACAGAGAGAGUAUAUGGGACCUUUCAUGCGAAACUGUGAGAGAACAGCUUACAAACAGCAUCAGAAAACAGUGGAGAAUUUUGAAAAGUCAUGUCGAAAAACUUGAUAAUCAAGCUUCAAAGGUCCACCUAAAGGGUUUUAGCGAAGAAGAUGUGAUCUCACGGCAAGACCAUGAGCAAGAAACUGAAAAACUCGAGUUAGAAAUUCAACACUGUAAGGAAAUGAUUAAAACUCAGCAGCAGCUCUUACAGCAGCAGCUUGCUACUGCGUGUGAUGACGAUACCUCCUCACUGCUACGCGACUGUUACUUGUUGGAAGAAAAGGAGCGACUGAAAGAAGAGUGGUCUCUAUUUAAAGAGCAGAAAAAGAAUUUUGAGAAAGAAAGACGAAGCUUUACAGAAGCCGCCAUUCGCCUAGGGUUGGAGAGAAAGGCAUUUGAAGAAGAACGAGCCAGUUGGUUAAAACAGCAAUUUUUAAACAUGACUACCUUUGACCACCAGAACUCAGAAAAUGUGAAACUUUUCAGUGCCUUCUCAGGAAGUUCUGAUCAGGACAAUCAUACAGUGCACCCGAGGCCACGGCAGAAGAAACUUCAUGAAGUUGUAGCUAACGCCUCUCCAGUCUUCACAUCUAAGCUUCCUAAGUCUCUUCCUGCUUCUCCUUCUACUUCAGACUUUUGCCAAGCUCGUUCCUGUGUGUCUGAACAUAGCAGUUCAAUCAAUGUACUGAACAUAACUCCCGAAGAAACUACACCAAAUCAGGUUGGAAGAGAAUGUACAAGUCAGUAAUGGAGAUGGCCUCGAGACCUGGAUCCCAGGAAGGUUGCUCUAAUGGAUGCUCCUUGCCCUACGCAAAUUCUCAUGUAGACAAGGAUGAUUUACCUUAGACAUGUGGACUGGAACUUUUCCUUAAUAUGGUCAUCAAAGUUCACAUCUAAGUUGAAAACAGGGUGUGUCAUAAAGUCAGUCAUCCCUAAUAAUUUUAGAUGGUCUGAAUUGUUUGUUUGGAUUUCUCUGUCCUCCCCCAAAGAAUUAAAUGUUAAAUCUAUUUAAAAGGAUAUGAAAGCUUUGGAUAUGUAUUUUUAGUAACAGAAGCAUCUGAUUCUGUGAAUAAAGGAAUGUAAAGAUGUUUGGAUGGAAACAGAAGCACUAGAAUGAGUUUCCUCUUAUAGGUAUUAAAAAUAGCACUUUUAGGAAACUGAUUAUUGUAAAUGUUUAAUUUUUGUCUCAUAGUUGGCAUCAGAAGUUUAGCCUUUACUUGAAUGUAUACUGUAGAUUUUUAACAAAGCAGGUUCUAUAUUUAUUAUGUUUAGUGUGAUUUGAAAUUACCUCUUUCAUAUGUUUGAAAUAAAGUGAAAUGUAUGUUUUGUAUAUAGAUAUUAUACAUGAUUAUGUUAAGAGGCUUUAAGAUUUAAAAUAUCACACAUCCAUAAUUACAGUAGUUCAUGACAAUAAGGAUAUUUUUAGGGUAUUCUGUUUACAGAUUUAUUAGAACCAUUGCCACAUAAAGAAUUUUUUUCCAACCCACCUGGGCAAUAAAUACUCAAAAACUUUUUUCCAUGAAGUCAGUUUCUUUAGAAUAUUAAUGGUAAUAACAUUAAAAUUUUGAGAUUUCUAUAACGUUAGAUUUUUAUUUUAUAUAUAAAGGAUAAUUUUUCAGAGGACUCGAUUAUAGGUACUAGAAGCAGUACAAGUAUCCUUGAAUAAAAUAAUUUUAGAUUGUGAUAAAAAAAAUAUACUGGGAUGAUAGGAGACAUUACGAUGUUUGGAUGGUGAUAUUUUCUCUACCAGAUGGUUACCUGUACAGUAGCAUCAACACCCAACUAUUCUUUGUAGAGUUCCCAAUAAUUUUCCUUAAUAUUUUUUCAGUGAAGUGUUUGCAACUGCUGAUUAGGGAGGUUUGGCAAUAUUGAGAGCCAAUUUUAUGAAGCCCUGAACAGACUCUAUUUCAUUUCAAACUCUGAUUGCAUGGCUCUUUGUUCCAAGUAUGAUGUUGUAUUGAUAGGAAUAAUACAGGCAGGUGCACAGGGUCAGGUAGGUAAAUACCCAGCACUGUUUGUCUCUGCACAGUCCUUGCUAGGUGUUGUAGUCCAAGCCUUUCACCUCCCUGUCUUCGGCAGUUCAAGCUCUUGCGUACAGCUACCCUGUUGUUUGUGACUGUUUCAAACUUGUCAGAUUAAGAGUCUGUUCUUGGUAUGUAUUCACUGUAUAGAGCUCUUUAAAGUUGUGUAGCAGCAACCAUUUUUCCAAGUUGACAGGCUAUCCUUGAGUAGCUAUUAAGAUAUUAAUGAAACUGGCGAUGUAACCACAUUUAUAAUCUCAGAAAACGGACUCUCACUAUGUUCAGCUUGAUGCAUAGUCAGUACUAUUUCAGAAAGUCGAAAUGUUACAGAAUUGCAGAGAUAGGAUAUAUUCCCAAUGAAUAAGCAGGGUAUAUUUAUGUAUAUGUGUGUGUGCACGUGUAUAUGAAUGUGUAUAUGUAUAUUCAUAUAUGUGUAUACACACAUAUAUGCGUAUAUAUGUGUAUGUAUAUAUGUAUUUUGCUAUUCAACAAUAAUGAGAUCAAAGAAAAUCAUUCAAAAAUGUAAAGCAUAGCCAAUACCAGGAAUAAACACUCUAAACUUGUUUGUUUUGGUACUGAAGGCUCCUCUCAGCAGUGCUUGGAGGUGGGAAUGGACUGUGUAGUCCUGGUGAUCAAACUCUGGCUUCCUGGUGCAAAGUAUGCAUUGGACCUGUUGAACUCUCUCCAGCCCAAACAUUUUAAUUUUUAAAAUCAACUCUAAGGAAUGUUGUGCUCUGGAGCUGGAGAGAUGUUACAGCAGGUGAAAUGCUUUCCUUGUACAUGGACAUCAAACACAGUUCCCUCAUCCUUGCCAGAAGUGAUCCCUGACCACAGCUGGGUGUUACCCCAAAACCAAAAAGAGUACUAACUGAAGGAACAUUGCAUUCCUUGUCACUGAUUUCUAGAGCAUUGUUUUGUUUACAUUUUAAAGUUGGUUGAAAAACUCCUUUUGAAAUUUUAAAUCUAAGGUAUUUAGUAUUUACGGUUUACUGUACUUUCAGAAACAGUAAAAGCAAGCCCGUUUCAUUGUAGCUUGAGGUGUGCAUAGAUUUGCUAGAAGCUGUAAGUUUUCCAUAAGCUGUUUAGAUUUUGCUAUUUAUUCCAAUUCCCAAAAAAUUUUGUUAUCUUAAACUGUCCAGAAUGUCGGAAAGAAGUCCCACAAGGCUACACAUGAGAAUCCUAGGAGUCUGUUGCUUUUCUCAGUAUUUGCAGUAUACGAUACUCCAGUCUUAGGUUUAGUCACAAUUUAAGGAUGGUACCAUGGUGUGUGGGGGCUUGGAAGACCUUCAUCCAGGUAUAACCUUAAACAUUUCCUUGUUUAUGUAAAUCUAAAAUGUUUUGAUUUUUUUUAUAGGAGAUAUCUGCCUAGAAUUUUCAGAGCAUAAAAGUGAGCAAAAUAGAUUAUUCUAUUGCCAGCUCUUAGGAAAAAAUUAUAUUUGGGGGGAAGAGGACCUCCCAAGAGUUGUUCAAGAGAUGAGGGGCCCCUUCUAGUGACUCUAGACCAACUGGGGCAGCAGCCCAAUGCAAGCACCAAGAAUGCAGUGCUGAUAGGACCACCAGUGCUGGGGACCACCCAGCCCACCCCAGCACUGCUCAGAGGCUUCCCAAGGCUGCAAAUUGGGGUUGGCCAAGUGCAAAGCAUGUACGUAACUCCUCCCUCCCUUGAGUACACACACACACACACACACACACACACACACACACACACACUGUACUUCCAGCUCCUAAGAAAUAGUUUAAUACUCUCAAAUGUUUAUAUCUUUAGUGAUGGUGAGAAAUUUAAUAAUCAUACCUUGGCCCAGACAGUUGCUCAAAGGAUGGUCAUUUGUGAGGCCCAAGUUGGAUCUCCAAUACCAUGUAGCUCCCAGACACAGCUGGAACAUAGCACCAAGCAUCGGCCUGAGCAGUAGCAUUUCAUCAGGGCUGAAGCAUUGUACCAGAUGGCCCAGUUGGCCAAACACACCGACUGUGGCCUCCAGUCCCUUGAGUAGUACUGCCCCCAGUAAAGAAUUAAAAUAGGAGACAGAGAGAGAGCCUGGGAGAUAAGGCUGCCUUGUAUGCGGCUGUAGUGACUUAAUACCUAAGCAUCACCUCGGUGGCUCCCAAACACCCCACUCCAUAGAUUUUUAAGAAGUAAUUGUAAAAUUACGGCUAAAAUUUAACAUGCAUUUUCUUUUAGGAACAGAUGUUUUGUUCCAAAUCCUAAGAGCCCAUAGUUGUUUUCCUCAUGGAAAACUACCUGCCACAGCCUCCCAGACUUUGUUCAUAGACCUCUAUGCAGUUUUGUGGGAAAACAAGUUCCAUGGUGCAUUGAGAUAGCCCUGGGGGCCAGUGUGUAUCACCUGUAUAACCCCUGGAGGAACCAACAUCUGCCCUCCACCAUCUCCACACCCCAGGAUCCCAGGAGGAGAGUUAGGUUUUCUAGACUGGGAAGGGAACCCAGAGCUCAGACAUGGAAAGCUAUGUGACUUGGCCCUGCUGACCCACUUUCCUGCUCUGGGAAAGUUCUGCCCUAUGUAGGACUCAAAAGUACACAUAGGUAAUGGAAGUCAAGAAAUAUGCUUUCCCUGUGCUUGUUCUUUUUCCCCCUCCCCUUUAUGUCUGUAAAAUACCUGCUGUCCAUCAGGGCUUGCUCUGGUCCCCGAGAUAUGAAGACAAUUAAGACUGUCACAAAAUUGUAAUAAGCAAUGUCAAAUGCUCUUCAGUUAUUCAGCUUAUUACUUGGACUACUCGUGGACUGCAUGUUCAUUCCCUAAUAGUCACAUAGCUAAGCUUCCAUUGAACGCUGCAUUAUUUCCUUGUACUAUGUAAUUAAAAUUGUUUUCUUGGGUU